CGAACGCCACUACCACGGAGCGAUCGAACCCCUCCCAGUUACUCCCGUGGCUCUUGCCACUAACAUCAGACAACAAUCUCCAAAUAUGUGCGAGCUCACAUGAAAUAACAACCGAGAGCGUCACAUCAUAUGUUUGAAUGAUUCCCCGAGGAUGUGAGAGUCACGGAUGCGGCGAUCGAUGAGUGUUUCUGUCGCAGGCUCAAACAGACGAUGAGAGUUGACGAGACCCACGGAUCUUGGUGACGACGCGGUCCCACUAUGGGGCUCCCGUGAACGGCCCUGGCGUCGAGUAUGUUGACUGCCUGUCAGCAUGACGCCGUUGGACCUGUGGCUUUCGCGCUCCAUCCCCAUGUGUCUGCUGCUGCAGAGCCUGGUGCUCAUGGUCCUGUGCUUUCCGUCUGCCAGCACCUGUCCCAAGGGUUGCACCUGCCAGCGCUCCGAAAGCCCUCCGCACGGCCUCAACGUCACCUGUAGUCUGUCACGCUUGAAGGAGAUCCCGCCCGACGUCCCACCGGACACCCAGCUGCUGCAACUGGACAGGAACCACAUAUCUCUGGUGCCCGAUCGCAUAUUUCACGGCUUGAGGAUGCUUCGGAGGCUCAACCUAUCCCACAAUGCAGUGGAAACCCUCGGCGAGGGGGCGUUUGUCGGUUUGGAGGGCUCUCUCGAAGUGCUGGACUUGUCCCACAACCGCAUUACUAGCGUGCACAAGGACGCAUUCGCACGGUUGAAGGCGCGUGUGAUGGUGGACAAUAACCCUUGGCAUUGCGACUGCGCCCUACAGCAGGCGCUGGGCGGCAUGGCGCACAACCACGAGGCCGCCACGCGCGUGCUGUGCCGUAGUUCAGAGCUGAGAGACCAGGAGGGCCAGCCGUUCCUGGCCGUGGAUGCGGACUUGUGCAACCUGGCCAAGCGGACCACCGACUACGCCAUGUUGGUGACCAUGUUUGGCUGGUUCGCAAUGGUUAUCUCUUACGUUGUGUACUAUGUACGGCAGAACCAGGAAGAUGCAAGACGACACCUGGAGUACCUAAAAUCGCUUCCCAGCAAGCCCAAGAAGCCGGACGAACCGGAGGACAUCAGCACGGUCGUGUGACGUCGCAAAGAUUGCGUGAUCCCAGAGACUAAAGGCCCGUUCACACCAAGGACGAUAAAGCUUUAAUAAUCUAAUUCUAUGAAAAUAGUAAAGUGCGGGGCUUGACAUUAACACCCAACAACCCAGCAAAUGCAGGUGGAUUUCAGCAGUGGCGUGUAACAGUCACUCCUACUAGCCACUUUGGCGGAUUUAUAUAUAGUCUAAUAAUAUUAGGGAUGCACUGAUAUGAAAAUUUUGGCCGAUAACUGAUAAUACUUUAUAUUUGAAAGCCGAUAACUGAUAUAUUGGCCAAUAAAUCUAAUUCCAAAUUUUUAUAUAAUUUUUGAGAAAGUCUCACCAUUAAAAACCCAUGUCCCAAGCACAAAAUUAUAAUGUUCUCAUUAUAAUUUUAUGUAGCCUAUAUGACAAGUGCAACAUGUACAGUGCAAGUCUAACUGUAUUUUCCUUUUUAAAGUGAU